AUGCUCGACGCCUUCAGGACCGCGGCGGCGUACCCCCAGGGUGCGACGGCCGUGAGCUUGCCCAUCGACAUCAUGACAAAAGGAACCAAGACGUCGAUCCCUGCGCUGCCGGCGACUGCAUUCACCCCGCCCGAGUACGGCACAUCUCCGUCCGCUUCCCUGAGCCGGGCGGCGUCCAUGAUUCAAAACGCAAAAUUCCCUGUGCUGUUUCUUGGCACCAGAGCAGCUACCCCCGAUGCCGUCCAGGCCGUCCAGGGAUUUCUUCGAAAGCACCCGAUUCCUGUCGUCGAGACGUUCCAAGCAGCUGGAUCCAUCAGUCAGGACCUGGCCCAUCUCUUCUUCGGCCGCAUCGGUCUCUUCCGCAACCAACCGGGCGACAAGCUACUUGCACAAGCAGACCUUGUCAUUGUUGCGGGCUACGAUCAGUCGGAGUACGACGCCGACGCGUGGCAUAAGAGCCAGAGUCUCGAAAUCCUCCACCUUGACUGGAUCCCCGCCGACUACGGCGCCUUCUAUAACCCUAAGCUUGAGCUUGUGGGUUCCAUUGCCGCCAACGUCAAGGCCCUCAGCGACAUUCUUGCCAACGUCUCUCGGCCGCAAGAGUUCGAGGUGGCAAAAUCCAUCUUCACUGAAUUCCACGCUUGGGAGCAGAGUCCCCAGGCCCUCGGCCAGACCGGCGACGGCCCCAUUCAUCCUCUCUAUUUCAUCAAGCUGAUGCAGGGCAUGCUCCCUCCAUCGCCGACCGUUUCGUCGGAUGUGGGCAGCAUGUACAUUUGGCUCUCCCGCUUCUACUUCGCGUAUAGCCCCAAGUCCUUCCUUGUCUCCAAUGUCCAGCAAACCCUCGGUGUCGCCCUUCCCUGGGCCAUCGGCGCAUCGCUGUCCCAGGAGCCGCCGUGUUCACGGAAAGUCAUCAGCAUCAGCGGCGACGGUGGUUUCCUCUACAGCGGCCAGGAGCUAGUGACCGCCGUCCAGCAGGGGUGCAACAUCACGCACUUCAUCUGGAACGACGGAAAGUAUAACAUGGUCGAGUUUCAGGAGGUCGACAAGUACGGACGCAGCUCGGGUGUCGACCUGGGAGGGGUCGACUUCGUCAAGUACGCUGAGGCGUUUGGCGCCAAGGGUUUGCGUGUCAGUCGUUCGUCGGAACUGGAGGCUGUUAUGAAGGAGGCACUGAGUUACAAGGGGGUGUGUGUGGUGGAUGUCGAGAUUGACUACUCGCACAACCACGAGCUCAUGAGGAAUGUCAUCCAGGACAACAUUAGUUAA